CAUUAUAUUAUUACUACUACAAAGAAAACAUCAACUUUAUAUACACUCUUUUUCACAAUGGCAUCAAACUCAAUGUCUGCUUAUGGAUCUGGCUCAUGGACUGUUAAGCAGAGCAAAGCCUUUGAGAGUGCUCUAGCAACCUAUGACCAGGACUCCCCUGACCGUUGGUACAAUGUCGCUAGAGCUGUUGGUGGGACAACACCAGAUGAAGCUAAGAGACAAUACGAGCUUCUCGUACGUGACAUAGAAAGCAUUGAGAAUGGGCACGUGGCAUUCCCUAACUACAAGACUAAUGGAGGCAGCACUAAGGGCAGGCUGCGUGAUGAGGACAAAAGGAUGAGAAGCAUGAAGCUGCAGUGAAAGAAAAAGCAACAGAACCUAUAAACUAUGGUAUGAUGAUGGUCAAGAAUAAAAGAGAAACACGUAGAAAGAUGUGUUAGUCAACUUUAAGCAUGUUUGUAUUGCUCUUUCCCACAAGCUUACAAUCUACUACUAGUAUGUCGAGGUGUAAAACAAAAAAAAGCCCUAGAGUUAAUUAACCAAAUAUAUUCUAGGGUUCUUCUUAAUGAAAAAAAAUCCAAUUGUCUGAA